AUGGUGGCACCAACAACACCAACAAGAAUCUUUCUAGGAUCUCCAGAUGAUCUUUUGGAAGAGGUGAUAGUAGAUACUGGAACACAUAGAGACUAUGAAUAUGGUGUAGAUGAUAAUGAAGAAUUUCAAAAUUCUAAUGCUGACGAUGUUAAUGAAGAUCCGGAUUAUGAACCUGACAAAGACGAAACCACGACAGAUGGGCGAUUAGAUGACAGAAUAAAACAACCUAGUACCAAAAAACACAAACCGAACCUUGAAAGCGACCAUCCAAUAAGAGAACCCUGUAAAAGGCUUGCUUUCAGACGGAUCCCUUCUACUGAAAGCAUCCAGCUUUUGGCCUUUCGCUCUACCAAGGGUUUUUCUCCCUUUUGA